UGAUGAUGAACAAACUCACCUACUGAUGUGAGAGGCAAGCCAGGCCUUGAACCGCAAUAUCUAAGGGUGACAAAAUGAUGAUGAUGGUAAUAGCGGCAGAAUGCUGAUACUGGUCAUGUUGAAGAACAAAACCCACAACACGCUAUGCUUACACAUUGAUGCUGCUGCUGCUGCUGCUGCUGCUGCUGAUGAUGAUGAUGAUAAUGAUGUCGAUGAUAAUGACUAUAACGACGGUAUUGGUGAUGAUGAUGAUGAUGAUGAUGAUGAUGGUGAUGAAACUGAUUUUGAAGAUGAUGAUGAUGAUGAUGAUGAUGAUGAUGAUGAUGAUGAUGAUGGUUAUGAUGUUGAUGAUGAUGAUGAUGAUGAUGAUGAUGAUGACGAUGACGACGACGACGCACAGCGCCCUGCGAUCACGAAAGGAUGAUGGUGAUGAUAAAUCACCUCCUGUUGA